AUGGCGACGCCCAACGGCUGCCCGGAUCCGCCCGCCGCCGACGCCGCCGACGGGCCGUACAUCCCGGCGGAGCUGAUCCCCGACAUCGCCAAGCACCUGACGAACCUCAACGACAUCUUCGCCCUCCGCGGCGGCUGCCGCGCCUACCGCGCCGCGCUGCCGCUCAGCCGGGACCUCCUCGCCGCGCAGCCGCCGUGCCUCCUCGUGCCCCACUCCGCCACCUCCCCCUCGCUGCCCCUCUUCAACCUCCUCGAGCCCGGCUGCCCCUCCUUCUCGCUCGCCCUCUUCCACGUCCCCGACCGCCGCCUCCACCGCUUCCGCGCCCGCCUCCCCUUCGCGCGCACCGGCGGCGUCCUCACCUCCGACGGCGCCCAGGUCGUCGCCGUCGACGCCGCCGCCGCCGGCGAGAUCAUCGUCACCCACCUGCUCUACGGCGCGCAGGCCCGCCUGCCCAAGCCCCCGCUGCCGCACGACCGCGUCAUCCUCACCGGCGGCCACCUCUUCGCCCCCGCCACAGGCCGCACCGACGUCCAGUGCUGCAGCCCCUGGACGAGCCCCCAGUGGACCGUCGCGUCCUACGGCGGCGAGCACGAGAUCCAGGACUGGCACAUCGUCAACGGCGUCCUCUACGGGUUCCUCCCCACCUGCGGCCUCGUGUCGGCUUCGCCCUCCAAGGACAGUUCCUCCUCUUUGGAUAUAUGGCACCAUGGGGGCGAGUUCGACCCGCAGGUCCUACUGGCUAUGCAGGAGAGCAAAGGCGCCCCGCUGCUGGGGGACUGCGGCGGCGAGGUCCUGCUUAUCUUCAAGGUGGGAUCCAUCGACCCCGCCUACAAGAUUUUCCGGUGGGACGCCGACGAGUUGAUGUGGGCGGCGGCGACGAGCCUCGGAGGACGGACGCUCUUCAUUGGCUUCGACGACUUCGCCGCGUGCAUUGGUCCAGAUGUUCCGGGGAUCCGUGGAGACUGCGUGUACGCAUCGUUGCCGUGGGCUGGGGGCUGGAGCGAGUACUCUAUGAUCGAUGGGACCUGUAAAUGCUUCACUGCAAAGUAUCCGGGGGAACCAGGGGUUGGUUUCGCGAGGCCGCAGGUCUGGGUGCUUCCAAGCUUGUUCUGCAACUGA